CGCCGCUGACUCAUAUGCGCGGGAGCGGGUCCGCGGGAAAUGACAACAAAGCGCCGCGCCUGUCGACCACUCAGUGGUUCGGGGUUCCCGGAAUAGAUGUCCAGACUGCUGUCGCAAAGCUGCAAGAGCGCGGCAUUCCGCCUUCACAGGUUACCUCAGACCUGAUGGAGUUCGCGAUUCGACGCACGGCGUCGACCUCGAUGAGGGAGGUGCAGCUGCUGCAAGUGGUAUCCAGUGCAUUGCCAAUGCUUUCGGUGCUUUCUCCCUACGCGAGGUUUCGCAUCUUUGAAGUGGGCAUGCAGUUGGAGUGCUACUGUGUCCCACAACUGAUUCUGCUUUCGGUGACCUACUUUCCGGAUUUGGUUAAGCUGAAGUAUCUAAUCGAUACCAGUGGUCGCAAUAGCCUGGUAAAAUCAUUACAGAUGCUGACCAACUCGAAGCACGGAGAGGAAGGAGAAGUGUUGCAGUACCAUUUUCUGGCGCUGGCACGCCGCUACUGCGCGAACGGUUACAAAAUGGAGGCCCGCAGGCGAGCUAAGCGUGGCAGUCGUGAUGAAGAUGAGGCCACUGUAGCCGUCGCGCAUGGACCCGUGUCGACAGGCGCUGAGGCUGGAGUUUUUUUCGUACCGCCGCAAUUCAGCAAGGCUUUCGAGGGGAAGCGUUCUUUUAACACGCUCGUCGAAAAUAACAUCCAACCAGAAGAGAGCCCGCAGGUCCUCGAGCGAAGGUACAGGCUGCGGGAGAAGAUGGGUCGUCGUCAAAUCCAGGACUACUUUUUGGAAAAGCAGGAGCAGGUCGAGGGGAGCCCGGGUGUUGCCAAGGCCAUCGAAAAACUGAAAGCGCGAGCGUUGAAACAGUUGGACGGGAAGCUCGUGAGCCUAGACCAGAUCGGAGCGCGGGUCGCCAGAGGUGCGAAGAAGCGACAGUCGACAUUUCCGGAAACAAACCAGGAUCCGUGCACGCUUCAACUACCUAACCACGGUCUCGCGUUGAAGAAUGCGGCAAUGGUAAACGACUGUGUCGCGGCUUACCCGUUCCGUCAGGUGAUCUCGGAUAUCGACCAAACGUUCCUGAUUACGAGCAGCGGCAGGAACGGACCCGAGUGUCCCACGGGUGCUACUGUAGGCUUCCGCACCUUGUACCAGACGCUGGCGCCGCUGACGACGUUUCUCUCGAUCCGACCCAACGUGCUGAACAUGGACUCCGUUACUAGGACGUUGCUGCAGGACGAAGCCAAGUGGUAUCCCGGAGAGUACGGGCUACUUCUGGCCGGGAAUGCGUCCUCGAUUCAAAAUUUCGUCCUGGGAAACGACCAGAAGAAUGGGGUCCGCAAGUUUGAUGUGUUGAAGCAACACGCACUGUUAUAUCCGGAAUGCGACUUCUUCCUCUUCGGGGACAUGGGCGAGGGCGACCUCCGUCUUAUGCUCGAAGUUGGCGCUUGGGAGCGCAGUCUGCUCAUUUCGGAGCGUGUCCGUCGGACCUUGGCCACGGAGAAACGAGGUGUAGCGCCGCCUCCAGACGCGGGCAUGUACGAGUACCCGUGGCGAGACGUGGAUCUUCGCGGGGAUGCGGUUCCCAAACCCGACCUCAUCUACGAGCCUGCACGGAACGCCGCACUAGCUGUAAAAAGGGAGAUCGCGGAGGGGGAGACAGCCGACCCAGCUGCGGGAGAAGCAAGAAAGAUGGCAACAAAUAGAACAUCCAUACCGGUUGUGACAGCGGGCACGGACGGAGAUCAUGAAGAAAUGGGCAAGAUGAAUGAUGGCACUAGAAGCUCAGAGACGAUUACUGCAUUGCUGCCGCCAACGGCUGGGUCCCAAUCGAGCGACCAAGACGACGCGACGUCAUCCACAACUUCCUCCGAGUUGGAUGCUACUGAGGCAAGGACGGGGCCGGCGGUGUCCAGCGGAGAGGAGGAGGCGAACCUGUAUCUGCGACAAGUGCUCGAAGAUUUUCGUCGCCGGGAAGAGGGGACGCGGGCAGAUGAGUACCUGGACUCUCUGCGCGAAAAUUAUCGCUCCAUGCGUAAGAGUUUGUUGGGAACUUUGUUCAGCUCCGGCCCCCAGCCUAUCGCGCAACCAGAUGCGGAGGAGGUGGAUUCAGACGAGGAUCCCCUGCUUCCUCGGAAUGACGGUAGAAACAGGCCGUCGGGAGUUCCACAACAUCACAACCCGCACGGGGGCCUCACCAGGAACGGAAGUUAUAGGCCGGAUGCGAGUGCGACGAACGCAAAUGAUGCGACUUCUCUUUCUCGGCCAUCAGCAGCGCGCAUCCUCAACGAACAGAAUGAAAAUGACAUUCUUCUGAGAGCGAACGGAUUCGCUAUGAACGACCACGUGGAAAACGUAGGCCCGGAAGAGCCGACAGAGAUGAACUCCACACCUUCUGAGGAGGCCGUGUUUCGAGCAAAGCGCAUCAACGCUUCGGUCCGUAGCCACCUCGGUCGUGCAGAAGGAGAGGCCCUUCCACCAGGGGGUGCCCGCCGGUCCUCGCUGGACCUCGGACUUAGACCAUCCGCCGUGGGUGGUGGUGUGCGUCGGAGCUCGAUGGCCGUGGCGCCGGGUUCGGUGCAGGUGUUGCAAGGCGGCGGCGGCAAGAGCUUAGGUUCGGAUCUGGUGGACCAACGUCUCGCGCGGCGACGAUUUCAUAUGUUCGUAAGAGAUAUCGUGGACUCCUCAGGCUUAAAACGUCAGACAUCGCAGUCCGACCGACAGAAGCUGUGGCAGGAGUUUGGCGUUUUUGUGGUGAACAACGGCGCCGAUGCGGCAUUACACGCUUUUGAGACGCUGCGUGCGAUUUCGCUCGCGGAACUUCGCGACAUCGGACAGACCUGCGUCGAUGAGUUUUCGUCCCAGGACUGGGCUAAUUUCCAAGGCGGCUUUUCGGAUAUGGGCAAUCAGCAGAUUCGUCAGAGUCGGGCGGCCGAUGUGCGCAAGCCGGUGGAGCGGAUCAACGACUACAUCAGUGGGAAAUUGACUUUGGUGCCGGCGACGAGUGCAAGUGGAGGCGCGACCGCCAAACCGCGCUUGAGUAUGCUCAAUGGGAAUGGAGGCGCAGCCGGACCUGAAGGAUCGCGAAUAACUGCAAAUGGCCCGCUAGGCCCACUAAGGCAGAGCGUCGCCCCUGGAGGUGCGGGCCCACUCGGUCCACUGCGGCAGAGUGUCGCUCCUGCAAGAGCUAGCUCCUCCUCCGGUGAGAGCCGGACAAGCUAUUUCGAUGCGAACGGGAUGGGGGGAGCCAAAGGGAAAGGCGGCCGCAGGUCUGCGGGUGCCAUGACGUCGGCAUUGCGCGUUAUUGACCUUACUGCCUUAGACGCAUUGGCGAUAAAGAAGCGAUAAAACGAAACGGAUAUGCAGUUUCAAUGACUACUUUGUUGAUUUUCCUUAUAGCUAUGUUGUUCCUCUGGUCUCUCUUUUUUCUAGGUAGGUCUGCUCCACCACAAUUUAUAAAUACGUUGUUGAUUUUGUAAAAAAUAUUACAAUUGUAACAGUAUAAUGAGAUGGGUGGCUGACCAUAGAUUUUUACAUGGUUAUUUCUUUUGACCAGCUGUCUUGCCCUUGUAGUUUAUGUAGUAGAUGCAAAUAAAGAAACUGCGCUCCUUUAUCUUUUUUGUUUUUCAUGAUUUGAUAUUCUACAUUACCAGUACUUAAAUCUAUUGGAAGGUACAAUGGAUUGUAUUUGUGGUGACAUGGCUAGAAGUGAAACUCCUGGUUUUUAGGGUGAAUUUGUUGCAGGGUAGCUGUUGUGUUGAACGCGUUCGCGCAAAGGAAGCUUGUGCUUUCUCGAGAGGCGAAAGCAGUUCUUCUCCAGAGAAGGUAUGCUGAU